AUGGCUUCUCGCAACCAUCUCGAAGACGACGAUGACUUCGGCGGUGAUUUCAGUGGAACCCACAACUGCCGGCGCUCGGGUAAUAAGAGAAGCUUUGGGGAUCUUGAGGACGAUGAAGAUGAUCUCUUUAGCUCCAAGAAGGGUAAUUCAAAGGUAGAAGAAACCGCAAUGAUUCUGUCUCUUCGUGAGAGCCUUGAUACCUGCAGGAAUGACCUUGCGACAUGCCAAACGGAGCUUGAAGCAGCAAAGUUGGAUAUUCGGAAGUGGCAUUCUGCAUUUGAGAAUUCGUCUUUCAUACCCUCAGGGGCAUCUCCUGAACCUAAACUAGUCAUCAAUUAUCUUCAGACUCUGAAAUCAUCAGAGGAGUCAUUGGAGGAACAGCUUGAAAAAGCAAAGAAAAAGGAAGCAGCCUUCAUUGUUACAUUUGCCAAGCGAGAGCAGGAGAUAGCAGAAUUGAAGUCUGCAGUUCGGGACUUGAGAGCACAACUGAAGCCACCAUCAAUGCAGGCAAGGAGAUUGCUCCUUGAUCCAGCAAUUCACGAGGAAUUUACUCGCUUGAAAAAUUUGGUUGAAGGGAAGGACAAAAAGGUGAAGGAACUACAGGACAACAUUGCUGCCAUGAAUUUUACAACCCAAAGCAGGAUGGGGAGGAUGCUAAUGGCAAAGUGCAAGACGCUCCAAGACGAAAAUCUUGAGAUUGGUGCUCAAGCAGCUGAAGGAAAGAUCCAUGAGUUGGGAAUGAAGCUCGCUUUGCAGAAAUCUCAUAAUGCGGAGCUCCGAAAUCAGUAUGAAGGCUUGUACAAACACAUGGAGGGCCUAACAGAUGAUGUCGAGAAGGCAAAUGAAAUGGUGCUCAUCUUACAAGAGAAGCUUGUAGAGAAGGAUAGUAAGAUCAUCUCACAAGAGAAGCUUGCAGAGAAGGAUAGUAAGAUCAACCAGCUGAAGCAGAAGCUUGAGCUGCAUCAGAAAACCUUGGUAGAAGAAGCAGAGCCACCCACUGACUUAGCUGCAGCUCCAGAAAACGCAGUUAGCAGCGAUGAACUAAUGACUCCAAAACAAGAAAUUGAGGCUGAUUAA